CUGAUGAAUUCCACACAAGUCGACCUCGACGACGCAUCCACCGUCCCGCUACAUGGAUUACCCGCCGGCAGUCUAUCUGAUAUUAAUCUGUUCACCUUCAACCUUUGGUUCGUGGUGGUGGCCACCUCUUGCCUGGCGUGUUUCAGCAUUGUGGCUAACCUCAUCAACUCCUGCGUGUUCCCCCGUCAGGGGCUGUCCGAGAGGGUCAACGUCACGCUGCUGUGUCUGUCUGUUACUGAUGUGCUGGCCAGCGUGAGCGCCCUGGGCUUCACGGCCAGCUACAGCGGCAAGCUCACGCCAUUCGCAAACCUCAACAUCGAUGUCCUGUCGCUGCUGAUGAUCUUCGCCUGGAUAAGAGCUUUCUUCAUCGACCUGUCGUCGGCUCUGACCGUCUACAUCACCAUCGAAAGAAGCAUCUGCGUGACUUUUCCACUGUCGUUUAAAACGUCAAUCGUCGCACGUAGGUCCAAAGUCAUCCUCGCGACUACAACGUUGUUCGUUUUCGUCAACUACAUCCCGAUCUAUGCCACGCUCAGAUCGACCUACGCCAACGACACGAAUGGAAACUCGACGAUACUGACUUUAGUUUAUACCGAUCUUCACCUAAGCCUGGGACUCGCCAAUGAUUUCUUGUUUGGUAUCGCCCUGGCGGUCUGCUGCCAGAUUAGCGUUUUUACGUGCGCCGUGCUCAUGUACUUGAGUCUGCGAAAGUCGACGGAACUGCGUGAUAAACAGAGAAUGGUACACAACGGUUCACCGGCUAACCAUUUCAAAUCAGACCCCAACAACCCAGGUCUACCGAAACGGGAGAAGCGCGUGGUGAGGAUGAUUCUAAUGCUGGCUUGCCUCUACAUUCCGACCAGUUUACCGCAGAUUGUCUUCUCUUGUAUCAGGGUCGGGCUUCCCGGGCUGUUCGUGACGUCACGAAACAUCUACGACGCGAUCGGCGCAGUGGUCAAGAUGUGCACCACAGCGAAUGGUGCCUUCAAUAUAUUCAUUUACUACCACUUCAGCAGCAGGUACAAA